CCCAAUAUUAUUCUCAUUAGUAAGAUCCUCCUUUCUAAUUUUUUCUUUUUAAUUCGUAAUAAUUUGUUCUUGAGAGCUUUGAUUGUGGAGUAAUCUCGUGGAAGCUUAAAACUUAGGAAUUUUUAAGGUUCAAUAGAUCGAUCGAUUUGAAUCGAUCAUGUUAUCGAAUCAUUUCGAAAACAGAUCGGAAACGGCGAGGUUUGCUUGGUCUCGGCUUCCGCAUGCAGACGACGGUGAACUCGACGGAGUCGGACUCUUGAGUACGACUACAAGCAAUAGGAACGGCGUCGAAAGCCUUGAUUAUGAAGUUAUUGAAAAUUACGCUUAUAGAGAAGAACAUGCUCAACGAGGACAGCUUUUUGUUAUAUAUAACGCGGGUGUUAAGUGGUUCUUCGCUUUGCUCAUCGGCAUUGGUACUGGAUUAGCUGCUGUGUUUAUCAAUAUUUCAGUUGAGAUUGCUGGAUGGAAGUUUGCCUUGAUUUUUAGCAUAAUACAGAAGUCGUAUCUGGCUGGCUGUCUAAUUUACAUCUUAAUCAACUUAGCUUUAGUCUUUUCUUCUGUGUAUAUCAUCACCCAAUUUGCACCGGCUGCAGCAGGAUCUGGUAUUCCUGAAAUUAAGGGCUACUUGAAUGGAGUUGAUAUUCAUGGUAUCCUUCUUUUCAGAACUUUGAUUGGAAAGAUAUUUGGAAGUAUUGGUUCUGUUGGAGGUGGUCUAGCUCUGGGCAAAGAAGGUCCUCUUGUCCAUAUUGGUGCUUGUAUUGCUUCUUUACUUGGACAAGGUGGAUCCACAAAAUACCAUCUGAGUUCCAGUUGGCUUCAAGGUUUCAAGAGUGACCGGGAUCGGCGGGAUCUUGUGACCUGUGGCUGUGCAGCUGGAGUUGCUGCUGCUUUUAGAGCUCCUGGGGGUGUAUUAUUUGCAUUAGAGGAGGUUACAUCUUGGUGGAGGAGCCAACUAAUGUGGCGUGUCUUUUUCACUUCUGCAAUUGUGGCUGUUGUUGUGCGAGUUGCUAUGGGAUGGUGUAAAAGUGGAAACUGUGGACAUUUUGGUGAUGGUGGCUUUAUUAUAUGGGAUAUAUCAGAUGGUCAAGAGGACUAUUCUUUUGAGGAAUUAUUGCCAAUGGCACUUAUUGGGGUCAUUGGAGGUCUUCUAGGAGCUUUGUUUAACCAACUUACUCUAUAUGUGACUCGCUGGAGACGUAAUUAUUUGCACAAGAAAGGGAAUCGAGUUAAGAUAUAUGAAGCAUGCCUCAUCUCUGUUUUAACGUCAGUUAUAUCUUUUGGACUACCACUACUAAGAACCUGCAGUCCAUGCCCAGACUCUGAACCUGGCUCUGAAAUUGAAUGUCCAAGGGCUCCCGGAGUGGAUGGGAAUUAUGUGAAUUUCUACUGCAGUAAGGACAAGGAAUACAAUGAUCUUGCAACUAUCUUCUUCAAUACUCAGGAUGAUGCCAUCAGGAAUUUGUUUAGUGCAAAAACAAUUCACGAGUUCAGUGCCCAAAGCUUGUUGACAUUUUUGGUUAUGUUCUAUACCUUAGCCGUAGUGACAUUUGGUACUGCUGUUCCAGCUGGUCAAUUUGUUCCUGGAAUAAUGAUAGGAUCAACAUAUGGUCGUCUUGUUGAUUUUACUGUUAACCAUUACAAGAAACUGAACAUUGAAGAGGGAACAUACGCACUUCUAGGAGCUGCUUCAUUUCUUGGGGGUUCUAUGCGUAUGACAGUAUCACUGUGUGUCAUUAUGGUCGAAAUCACAAAUAACUUGAAAUUUUUACCGCUUAUUAUGCUUGUUCUUCUCAUAUCUAAGGCUGUUGGAGAUGUUUUCAAUGAAGGUUUAUAUGAUGAACAAGCACGAUUGAGGGGCAUUCCAUUGCUGGAAUCAAGACCCAAGUACGAGAUGCGGAAAAUGACUGCCCAGGAAGUCUGUGGGAACCAGAAGGUUCUUUCACUUCCUCGGGUUGUAAAGGUUGCAGACGUGGUUUCCAUUUUGCAAAGCAAUAAACAUAACGGCUUUCCCGUGGUUGAUCACAUGAGAAAUGGAGAGCCACUUGUCAUCGGAAUUAUGCUUCGAAGUCACCUACUGGUACUUCUUCAAUCCAGGAUUGAUUUCCAGCAUAGUCCUUUACCCAGUCAUUCCACUGGUGGAUCCAGAGCAAUUAGGCCUAAUUACAGUGAAUUUGCUAAACCUGUUUCGAGUAAAGGAAUAUCAAUAAAUGAUAUCUACCUUAGUUCGGACGACUUAGAAAUGUACAUAGAUCUUGCACCAUUUCUGAAUCCUUCACCGUAUGUGGUACCUGAAGAUAUGUCUUUAACAAAGGUCUACAAUCUUUUCCGACAACUGGGAUUGAGACACAUAUUUGUUGUUCCUCGUGCAUCUCGAGUGAUCGGUGUGAUCACUAGAAAGGAUCUGCUGAUUGAGGAGGGAGCUGAGUAUUCAACUACCACGGAGCUCCAGUCUACUAGUGUAAGUGGUCAGCGACAUGAGAGACUGCCGGCGGCGGAGAAUGGUGUGGAUUUAGACCGGCCACUUCUGAAUGGUCUUUUGGUUCAACAUCAAAGGUGAAGGUCAUAUUCCUGCUCCAUUCUUCUAUUCUUUUUGGUUCUACCAUCCGUGACCCUUCUGAUCAGAUUCUUUAUCUAUGAAUCUCAGUAACUAAUAUUUUGUAUCAUUAAAGAAAAAC